UAAAAGUCACCAUGUCAGGACGAGGCAAAACCGGCGGAAAAGCCCGCGCUAAGGCAAAGACCCGCUCCUCUCGUGCUGGACUCCAGUUCCCGGUCGGUCGUGUUCACAGGCUGCUGCGCAAAGGCAACUACGCCCAGCGUGUUGGUGCCGGCGCCCCCGUCUAUCUGGCGGCCGUGCUCGAGUACCUGACCGCUGAGAUCCUGGAGCUGGCUGGAAACGCCGCCCGCGACAACAAGAAGACCCGUAUCAUCCCGCGCCACCUGCAGCUGGCCGUCCGCAACGACGAGGAGCUCAACAAACUCCUGGGCGGAGUGACCAUCGCUCAGGGCGGCGUGCUGCCCAACAUCCAGGCUGUUCUUCUGCCCAAGAAGACCGAGAAGGCCGCCAAGUCCAAGUAAACCACAACAAGUCAACCAACAAACAAAAGGCUCUUUUAAGAGCCACACACACUCACUCUGACAAACUGCUCAUCCUCUUUAAAAACACACCAAAACUCUUGUGAGAUUACGUCAUAAACC